CCUCAGCGACGGGGAAGCGGUGCCAAGGCGCAGGCGAUGGGUGACUCUGUUAACAAUUAACAUGUAGCCGAGAAAAUAUUCAUUAAAAAAAAAAAAGGAAAAGAGAAGAAAAUGGGGAAAGAAAGAUUGACAAAUCUAUCAGAUCAUCUCUGACCAGGUGAACAGCGUUGGGGUAUAAUUUCACCAAUGUGUGAACGCUAGGGGAUGCUCAACCAUGGCUUCACCACCGCCAAGGAGAUGGCCAUGGAAGCGGGCAGCCACCUGCUCUCCUAUGAAACUCUCAAUUUCGUCCACUUCUUCCUCUUCUUCUUUCAAUUCAUUAUCCAUCUUAACAGUUCGUUGUACGAUCAGCAGACAGCAGCCCCCUCUCGCCACAUCCUCUGCCGAUGCUUCUUCUUCGGUUUGUUAAUCUAGUCAUAAUAUGAAGAAGAGAGCAAGCAAAUCACUGACAUUUGGAGAUGAUUCAAAGAACGAGUCUUCUGUCGCUGUAAAUUGCCCUCGCUCGCAACGGAAGCCGACUUUGAGUUUCAAGUCGUUGCUUGGGAGGCGAUCUUUGCGGCGAAGGCCCUUGUUCAACUCCAGGAAAGUCAGGACCAUCAUUCUGCUCAAUGUCACCACCUUUGUUUAUGCCAGUAAUAUUCCAGUUGUCAAAGAGGUUGAAGGUAUCAUGGAUCCAGCAGCCUUCACUGUUGUGCGAUUUGUCAUGUCAGCUCUUCCAUUUCUUCCAUUUGUUUUACGAGCACGAGGUGAUGCUCAAACUCGUAAUGCUGGGGUUGAGUUGGGAUUUUGGGUCAGCUUAGGCUAUCUAAUGCAGGCACUUGGAUUGCUUACCUCAGAUGCUGGACGUGCAUCUUUUAUUUCCAUGUUCACUGUAAUUGUCGUUCCCUUGCUUGAUGGAAUGGUAGGGGCAAUCGUUCCUGCCCGUACCUGGUUUGGAGCUCUAAUGUCCGUCUUAGGAGUUGCAAUGCUGGAAGCCUGUGGAUCACCUCCAAGUGUUGGAGAUUUGUUGAACUUUAUGAGUGCAGUAUUUUUUGGGGUUCAUAUGCUAAGAACAGAGCAUAUUUCAAGGAGUACUGAGAGAGAAAAUUUCCUAGCACUUCUUGGAUAUGAGGUAUCUGUUGUUGCUUUCUUAUCAACUUUGUGGUGCUUUGUUGGAGAUUGGUUUGGUGGCGUCCAGGAAACCAGUUCCUCAUCUUGGACAUGGGCAAUGUUUUGGGACUGGAUGACAGCAUUUCCAUGGAUUCCUGCACUUUAUACUGGCAUGUUUUCAACAGGGUUAUGCUUAUGGGUAGAGAUGGCUGCUAUGCGUGAUGUCUCAGCUACCGAAACUGCAAUUAUUUACGGCCUAGAGCCAGUGUGGGGUGCUGGUUUUGCAUGGGUUCUUCUUGAUGAAAGGUGGGGCAUGACUGGAUGGAUUGGUGCUGCUCUUGUUCUAGGUGGAAGCUUAAUCGUGCAGAUAUUUGGAUCAUCAUCUACAAAGCUACCUAAGGAAGGCAAAUAUAGUAGACAAAGGGAAAGGUUGUUAGUUUCAGAUAAACUAGGUUGUUUAUCUUCUCUGUAAGUUUUAAUCAACCUA